AAGUGUUUUGUUUGAAAAUUUUCUCUAAACUCUCGUCGCGUUCAGUUAGUUUUCCUUCAUUCGUUUCUUCGUAAACAAUAAAAUAAAAAAAACGUUUCAUCAUUGGAUCGGUCGGUCGUGAAUUAAUUAAAUUUAAAUUAGAUUACGAAAACGAAAAAUAAAAAUCGUACGAAUAAACCGACAAUCAGGUCACAUAUUGGCCUAAAUGGAUGCGAAAGCUGCUGUUGCUGCUAAUUCAAUCGCAGACUAUCGUUUCGGCUCUACUCAUCAAAUACUGAACUAUGUGCCGAAUUGACCGUUCGAGAAGAAAAAGACGAGGAUGGUCACGACAAAGGGAACCAUGUCUUCAAGCGACAACAAGUGCAGAUUCUACUGGCCAAUAAUCAGAAAAUCAAUUUCCUGUCGGCCGACACUUUCGAUAAAUUCAUUAACGUGCAGACGUUGCAUCUGAUCAAUUGCAAUCUCCAUGUGAUCACAUAUCGCCACUUCAAAUCGUUAACGCGACUAAAGCAUAUUGACAUUAGCUCCAACAAAUUGACGAAAAUACCGCGACGGCUAUUUAAAGAGAGUGAAAACUUACUGGAAAUUUCACUAGCGAGCAAUCAUAUAAUGGACAUUGAUCCGACGGCAUUUGACGGUCUGGUGAACUUAAAGCGACUGUGUCUGAGAAACAAUUUUUUAACCGAACUCCAUUCCGACCUAUUCAAAUCAUUGGUGAGGCUGGAGGAUUUAGUGCUGGAGGAAAACAACAUGUACACCAUCGACGAUCGGCUGCUACGAAACCAGAGUGCUCUGUGCAAACUGGAAUUGAAACGAAAUAAAAUCUUCAAAUUUCAUCCGGCCGCCUUCAACUAUUUGGUCAACUUGAAACACUUAGACUUGGAGGAGAAUAAUCUGACAUGGAUACCGCAACAUCUGUUCCAGAACAUGCACGCUCUACAGAAUUUAAAUCUGUCGAACAAUCGCAUAACAAAAAUUCACUCGCUUGCUUUUAACGGUUUGGCAUGUCUCCAAACAUUGUGGCUCAAUGACAACGAAGGAAUUACUGGGAUUCCAAUCGAACUGUUUCGUCAUCAGAAGAAAUUGCAUGAAUUACAUUUGCAAUGCAACAAAAUUGUGCAGCUCCAUCCCAACGCCUUUAAAUCGUUGGACGACAUCAGAACGUUGAACUUAUCCCAGAAUUCGAUCACCAAUUUGGCGGAGAAUUUGUUCUUACUGGCGAUUACGGCCAAAAUCUUGGAUUUAAGUGAAAAUUCCAUCGAUCAAUUGAACCCGAAGCUGUUCAGAACGUUAUUGUAUCUGGAGGAAUUGAAUUUGGCAGCAAAUCAACUGGACGAAAUAAAGUCGGGAACAUUUGAUGUGGCAACAAGUCUUACGCGACUAAAUUUGUCGAACAACAAAAUUAGCAAAAUUCACGAAGAUUCGUUCAAAUACCUCAAUCAUCUGACGCAUCUGAAUCUCUACGCGAACUCUCUGGCCGAGCUACCCGACGAUCUAUUUAGAUAUAUGAAGAAAGUGGAGGUACUGAAUUUGGGCAAAAAUUGUUUAACGAAAAUCCAACCGGAGCUUUUUAAGUGGACGAGGAAGUUGCAAAUGCUGAAGCUCAACCUUAAUCAGAUUUCAGAGAUUUCGGACGAAGCUUUCGAUUCAUUGAUCGAAUUGAAAGACCUGUUCCUUAACGGUAAUCGUAUAAAGACAAUACCUCACGGUCUGCUGACACCAUUGGUAAUGUUGGAGAAACUUAACUUAGAACACAAUCUGUUGGAAUCACUGGAUACUGCCAGCUUUAAAAAGCUGAUUCAGUUGAAAUAUUUAAACGUUUCGAACAACUACAUAAAGCACAUCGACGAAACGUUCAAAAAUACCUUGGUGAACAUAAAGCUACUCGAUGCAUCGAACAAUAUUUGUGUGAAUCAAAUGUUUAGGAAUUUGGAAUUUUUGAAGGGAUUCCGUGUCAACUACAGCUACUAUGCCAACUCAAAGCUGGGUAACUCGUGCCAAAUUUCGAUAGCGACCGUUGACGUGAUCAAGAAUAAUGUAGAAGACAUACGAGAAGAAACCGUUAAGUAUCUGCACAUCGAACCGUGCGAGUCAUAUCUGUUUCGAACCGUUCCCGUUGAUGUCAUCAAACGAUUUGUCAAUUUGGUGACAAUCAAGCUGGAGAAUGCCGGCCUCUCCGAGUUGUCGGCGGAUGUGUUUAGUACGUUUCGAAAUUUGGUGUCCGUCGAUUUGAGUAGCAACAAACUGAUGAAGCUACCGGCGAAACUAUUCUGCAAUUCGCAUCAACUGAAAACGGUGUUAAUCGGCAACAAUGAACUGACCGAUAUCGAUAUGGAUGCAUUCUCCGGUCUGGAAAAGUUGACGAGAUUGUGCUUGGCGAAAAAUCAAAUCAAGAAACUGCAUGUGGAUACUUUCCGGCCGUUGAAGCAGUUGAAGUUUCUGUCACUGGAGGAGAAUAAUUUGUGGGUGGUCUGCGAGAGAAUAUUUCGUAAACAGUGCAGUCUGGAGGAGCUCAAUUUAGGCAAAAACAAAAUAUUCGUUAUCCAUCCGCAUUCAAUGAAGUAUUUGAAUUGUCUGGUGAAACUCGAUUUGAGGGACAACCAACUCACGCAUCUGUCCACGGAAUUGUUUCAGAAUUUAUUGAAGCUAACGGUUUUAGAUUUGUCGAACAAUCGUUUCCGUAAUUUAACCUCAGAACCCUUCAUAAUGCUGAUUAGUCUCAAAAUUUUACGCUUAGAUGAUAAUCCACUGACUGAGGAUCUGGUGGAAAUGUUUCGGGUUUUUUCGGAAGCAAUUUGGGAACGAUGGCUUGCUAAGCUGGCUGAGGAAGAGAAUAUAGGUAAACUACAGGAAAAGUCUGCAUAAUAUGUCAACAGUUGCGAUGAAAGCUUUUCUGUAGACCGUCGUACUAUGUCGUACUGUUACAUUAUGUGGUGUAGAUGGAAUUGUAACUAAAACUGAACUACUUUCAAGAGAAAAGUAUUAAAAUUGUCUGGAUCAUUUUGUGGUUUU